AGGAGAGACGGAAACCCUGAGACGAGCGAGACAUAUAGGAAGAAGAAGCGUUACCGUCCUCCAGCCGUUCACAAUCAACUAAACAAUGGUUUGGGGAAAAGAUAAAAUCUCGGAGAGGCAGGAGAUGGGAGAACCUCCUUCGCCCAAAAAACAAAAGACGGAAGAUCGACCUGAUCAUCAUGACGAGCAGCUGGAGGUUGGUGCGGCAGAUCCGCCGCCAUCGUCAUCUUUUUCUUCUAGUGUGAGUCCGGCGCCGGUGGUUUCUCCGGAGAGGAACCUGCUGGAUUCAGGAGCACCUGAUGAAGAGGUGCAUGUGGGAGAUGAGUCGUUCGAGAAACCGUCUAGUCCUAUGUCCUGGUCCUGGUUGGGACUAGAUCCUGAGAGCCCAUGGCACGAGAUAGUUAUGAGGUCGAUGAAUACUGAUUUUGGUUCUUCUUCGGAAGACGAGGACGGAGAUCUAAAGCCCGAGGAGGAAGAAAGGAUGAAAAGGGACACUCUAGGCCUUGCUGAUAUAGCUUUAGAAUACUACAACAAGACGGAAUGCGUGAGUUAUGUGUUUGACAAGCCCUUUCUUUGCCGUUGCAUUCUCUUUGAACGUGUGAUGGUUUUCCAUUUCAACUUCACCGCCAAGGAGCCCAAGGAAGGAAACAACCCUUCCAGUCCGUUGUUUUUUGCUGAGGCCAUCAGAUACUACGGGGGAGAUUUCAACAUUCUCAAAUGUGUCAAGUUGGAUACUUUUGGAGACAAUGGUGUCCGCAAUGGUUGCAUCUAUUGCCGUAAAGAAAUUAAACAUCCUCCUGUGGGAAUAUGCGAGUUUGGUGUGAACGAGUUUGAUGAUUACAAAAACUUAGAAAGACAAAUGAAAGCAAACACCAGUCCAUGACGAAGGAAGAAGCUGACUGACUGCCACCAUUACCUCUCCUUCCCAUACCCCAGAUGCCGACCUGCUCAAGUAGUAAAUUUCCCUUAGCUGCGUACCAAACUUGGUUUAACUUAUAUACUCUAUGCAAAUCUGUCCAGGGAGAGAAGUAUGUUAUUUAAUAUGUGUUUCUGCUGCUAUUAGAAACCGUAGUAGUAGUAGUCGUCGUUCGGCCUGAGCGAGCAAUGCUCUUUCCAAGUAUGUUUACAUCUGCAAUCCAUCAUGUAUUUUGGUUUCUGAAACUUAUGCUCAGUAUUCUAUCAGUCAGUUGUAUGUUUAAUUGUUCAUAACAAAAUCUUGUACGGCUUUGUCUCAGUCGCACCUCUCUUCUCCUGUACGCCAAUUUAUGUUGCAGUUCGUUCACGAAAAAGUUUGAAGCUGGCAGACUACGAUAAACGGCAUAGUUCCGUUGCUGCACCCCAUUUACAGUUAUGUAUCUGCGCACUCAACAGGAUCUUUAAUGUUGAUAUAUCUUUGAUGUCUCGGGGGCAACGUAUUUGUGACUGCCAAGGGUUGACAUUGAUCUAUCUGGCUUCGGUUGG